UUUACCUUCUUCACAAAAGAGUUCUCACCGGCAACGUGAUCAAUUUUCAUUGGUUACUGAUUAAAAUAUACUUUCACUUUCAGUUUCAGAAUGGCUCUUGCAUGUCAACAAAACAGUUACUGUAAAGAGUUUCAGACAAAGGUGAAGAGUUGCACACCUGCAGAAUUACCGGGUAAAAGUAAGAAGGAAAAGCUGAAGGGGUUCGAGGUGAUUCUAGAAGAUACCAUACUGUUCCCAGAGGGGGGUGGACAGCCAGAUGACAGAGGCACAAUCAAUGACGUGGAGGUUUUACGCAUCACAAGACGAGGAGCAGAUGCUGUCAAUUUCGUCACUAAGGAGAUACAGGCUGGUACAGAAGUAUGUCUCAAAGUGGACUGGAAGAGGAGGUUUGACCACAUGCAGCAACAUACAGGACAGCACUUGAUAACAGCCAUAGCAGAAAGCAUGUAUGGAUGUCCCACCACAUCAUGGUGUCUCGGAGAAAACAUAUCGUCAAUCGAGUUAGACAUUCCGUCCCUGACUGACCAGCAGGUGGCAGACCUGGAGGACACAGUGAAUGAGAAGAUACUGGCCAGUAUCCCAGUCACACCACACCUCUACCACGACAAGGAGGACCCAGAACUCCAACAGUUCCGUUGUCGGGGGCUCCCAGAUGAUCACGUUGGCCCUGUUCGUGUCCUACAUGUAGACGGAAUCGACUCGACACUCUGCUGCGGAACGCAUGUCUCCAACCUCUCUCAUCUUCAGUCUAUCAAAUUGUUGUGGGUAGAAAAGGCAAAGAAGAAAGACAGAACAAAUCUAAUGUUUGUGGCUGGAGGUCGAGUUCUUCAAUAUUUAGGUCGCUGUGUCAAAGUUGAAAGGUCACUGACAACAUUACUCAAGGGCCCGCUGGAGGAUCACUAUGAACUGACAGAUAAAGCUGUGAAAGGAUUUAAAACAACCCAGAAGUAUGUCACAUCACUUUUGCGAGACCUUGCUGUCUUUGAGGGACAGAAGUUUAAAACAGACAGCAGCCCUUUCCUUAGUCUCCACAGGAAAGAAGGAGACCUGGAGUUUAUGAACAUCAUUGUGCAGCAAGUGAAUAAUUCUAACAAGAUCUGCUUCCUAACAGUGGGUGAUGAAAAAGGGGCGGGUCUGUUUUUGUUGUCUGGACCAGAAGACUUUAUCAAGGAUAUGGGACCAAAAGUUGCAGAAAUUCUGAAUGGGAAAGGUUCCAUUAACAGGGGAAACUAUCAAGGAAAAGCUAAUAAGCUUUCUCAAAAAGGGAAAGCUGAUAAGCUGAUCCAAGAAUACCUGUCAUCAAAGGACAAUACAGAGAAAUGUGCUGACAAUAAUAUACAGGAAAAAAAAGAACCUUAAGAACAUCUGUGAUUUUGCCAUUAAUUUUACAUACACCUGUGAAUUUUUUUUCUAUUUUCCCUUCUGUGAGAUGUCAAAUUAAAAGCAGUAAACAGUACCUACUAUUGUUAACUAUGGUCUAUUCCAGUGGAAAUUAAUAGGUAUUAGUAUCUCAUUUAAUCAGGGUUGCCAUGAUAGUAACUGCAGUGUCUGCAUAUCAGUACUUGUUUGCUGCAAGUAUUGGAGAAUACAUGGAUGUACAGUGAAUCUUAUUCAAUCCAGAUGCUGCGAAAAUCAGUAUCUUGUCUAAUAUACGGAAAGGAAAAAGAAACGCAUGACAACAUAAUAUGCAAAAAUAUUUUGACUAUGCUAUGUGGCC